AUGGCUGUUCCCAAGUCACUGCCUGCAGUGUCCUUGGACAGCUGCAUCCCACAAAGCCUGGCUGACACCGCGCUGGCACAGAGGCCCUCAGCAUGGUCCUUUGCUUCUGCCCAGCGCCCUGCAGUAGCCCCGGCCCCGCCACGGCCCCUGCCCCCUCAGAGCAUCUCCCAGGAAGGAGGGGAUGGUGCAGAGGGACCCAAAUGCCUACUGGGCUUGUAUGACAAAAGAGGAUCCUCACUCUGGCUGCAGCCAAGAAACCGGAUAAGGAUCAACUCUAUUCUUCUCGCCUGGACACUGUGGGUGCUGAAGCAGAAGAUCUGCAGUGUCAGCACAGAAGUCUCAAAGCUCAAGGACACCAGGUUGCUGACCUUCAAGGCCAUUGCCCAGAUCUUCAUCUUGGGCUGCUCCUGGGUGCUGGGCAUUUUCCAGAUUGGCUCCAUAGCAAGCAUCAUGGCGUACCUGUUCACAAUUAUCAACAGCCUGCAGGGGGCCUUCAUCUUCCUCAUUCACUGUCUGCUGAACCGCCAGAUACGAGAUGCAUAUAGGAAAGUCAUCACCAGGAAGACUGAACCCAGCUCCCAUUCCCAGACUUCAGGGGUCUUACUGUUAUCUACGCAGUCCACUUCCAAAACG